AGAAAAUAACUUACAAAGAACUCUCGGAGAAAGAGCCGCCAAUCCAGAUACAUAUAAAUAAGGUCGAAUCUGUGAGCACUGUCUUUGCUCUCGAUUAAUGAUUCGCCUUGACGUCAUCUUUAUAUUUGUCUCAAUUUCACUAUUAUUUGGAUCUUCACUCCGAUGCUACAGUUGCUCGUUCUCUUUCAACGAGAUGUACGAUCCGGAGCACAGAGAUGCAUGGUGUGCGAAUGAAUCAUUAGUACAGUUUGAACCAGAUGAGACAGCUAAAAUAUGUGCUCCGUGGGAAAAGUUUUGCGUGACAGCAGUGAACACUAUAAACAAGGCAUUUACCAGUGUGAGCAGAGGAUGUGGAGAACGUUGUUCUGAACUUUGUGAAUCAAUUGGAUAUGGACAAGAUCAGGUAAAUUGUGACGAUUGUUGUGAGGAGGAUCUUUGUAAUUCAAACUAUUCCAUUCAAUAUUAUGAGGUUUUAAUGAGCAGGCAGUAUACUUCAUGGACUACUCCGUUACCUGGAGAGCUAGCAUUCAAUCGGAAGAACAACUUGAAGUUUCCCUAUUAAUCAAUUUUACCUAUUUUAAUUAAUCUAUUUUUGAGUUAAAUUAUUUAAUAAAAUUAUUUU